CACUGGCGCUGCGGACACAUCCUCAUCUGACUGAUCAACUUUGACGAAGGUCUCAAGACAAUAAUGGAGAUGACCAAUGCCUCUUCCUAUCACAUCAAUACAACAGAUGUAUCUAGAAAUAAUGGCUCUACAAAUAUUGACAAGUAUGCGGAGCUGAGAAAGUCUCUCCACACCUUGUCCCUCGUUGUUUACUGUCUGGCCUUUGUCCUUGGUGUGCUCGGGAAUGGAGUGGUUAUCUGGGUGACCGGGUUCAAGAUGAAGAAAACCAUUAACACAGUUUGGUUCCUCAACCUGGCUGUGGCCGACUUCCUCUUCACAGCGUUCCUGCCUCUGAGUGUGACCCACAUAGCUUUGAAUCUCCACUGGCCUUUCGGCAAGUUCAUGUGCAAACUUGUCACCACUAUAAACUCCCUGAACAUCUUUGCCAGUGUCUACAUUCUGGUUGUGAUCAGUGUGGACAGAUGUGUGUCUGUGGUGUGGCCCGUCUGGGCCCAGAACCACCGGAGUGUACGCAAGGCGUCCUGUGUGAGUCUGGGUGUUUUGGUACUGGCUCUGAUCCUCAGCAUUCCGUUCUUCAUCUUCAGGGACACUGAGCCGUCAUCUAACAAUGACGAUAUCAUCAUCUGCUUCACCAACUAUGCUCUUUCUGAUGACGAUGAAACAUCGUCUGUGAAUCAGCUGGGACAGCUUCGUCAUGAGGCCAUGACCAUGACCCGCUUCCUCCUGGGAUUUGUUGUCCCCUUCACUGUCAUUGUCUCCUGUUAUGCUGUGAUAAUCCAUCGUAUCAGAAGAAACCGCACCCUGGCCAGCCAGUCAAGUCGCCCCUUUAAGAUCAUCGCCGCAGUCAUCACCACCUUUUUCCUGUGCUGGGCUCCGUAUCACAUCAUUCAUUUAAUUGAGAUGGUGAAUUUAAGGCCUACUAAUCGUAGUAUAACAUUGCGCCAUGUCACCAUUAUUGGUGGUCCUUUAGCAAAUAACCUGGCUUUUUUCAACAGUGUCCUGAACCCACUGCUGUAUGUGUUCAUGGGACAAGAUUUCAAGGAUAAAGUCUGCAAAUCCAUCCUGACUGUAUUGGAGACUGCCUUCCGGGAAGAAGUUUCUGGCUCUCACACCGACACAAAGUCAGCGGACACGAGUCGGAGCAGAGAGAUGUCAGCUCUUAAUACUGAAGUUUAAGUCUGUCCAUGACAUGAAGAAACAAAUGCUGCAACUGCACAAAUGUUUUUUCAUAAAUGUAGCUGAAUAUAAGAAUAACUUGUAUUGCUUUUAUCAAUAUAUGCUGUGUUUGUAUAUGUAGAGAGAAUAUAGACUGUAAAUGGCCUUAUGGAACAGAUUUUACUGAAUAUAGAAUCUACAUGGUGAAAUAUGUUUUCACACUGCAAGUUCAUUUUGUACAGCAUUGUCUCAACACACAACUUGCCUCUCACACCCACCUCAACCCAACUUUCUCUGCCAUUAAGACGUGAGAAAAAUUGGGCACAACGAUAAUCCCCACAGAAACCAUCUUUUGGUUUAUCUACACCAUUUUGGGAUGUAUAUUUUGCAUCAUUUCCUCUUUUGGUAUGUGUAGUAAUUUUCACAUGGCCAACCACCCUGAAAUGUUCAUUUCUCAUGGUGCACUGCAAAGCCACUGAUUCACAUUGAUCAACACUGUAUGUGGCAUCAUCAUAGAAACCUACUCAACUAAGUUUUGACUGAUACAUACCUACCGCAUUCUUUGAUAAACAUGUUAUUGUAUAUUUUUACUGUAUGUAAGCCUAAACUUAUGGUAGUUGCUAUGAGCGUGUUUGGUUCCAAAAGCAGCAUCCGUUUUUUUCCUGGCUUAGUUUGAUCU